AUGCAGAAUGGAUCGGCGAGGACUUUCGAGCCGCUCACUGUCGCCGAAAUUAAGGAGCGGGCGAAGGAACAGUCUCACAAGGUCUCGCGAGGAGUUACCGCUAUUUCGCUGAUCAAGGCCGCCCGUACUCAGGUCGCUGCGGCGCGGGUUCACGAAGGCGCAGGAGAUCUGAGGGCGGCGCUGAGCGCCUACACGAAAGCCGCGAGCCUUGCUCAGAUGUUCAUGGAGUCGGCAGAGUUCCAGCAGGAGGCUCAUGGGCGGAAGGGUGUCCUGUUCAAGGAGCUCAUGGACUUCCAACAGAAUGAUGGAAGCACCCUCAAGGAGGAGAUGCAGAGAGUCGAGGAGAAGUUACGCGAGAUAGAGAAGUCAUCCGUCAGGGAGAACGGCGUUACCUUCAAUGGAACGAAGGAGGACGAGAACGGUCCUGUCUCAAAGGCUGGGGGCAGUAUAGCAGACCGUAUCCGCGCGUUGCAAAAUGCAGGCCUAAGCGAUAAUACCACUCCCACCGCUAACAAACGCCUCUCUCGUGAUGCCGCAGUGCUCCCCUUGACACCCCCGCUGUCAUCUGACUCGUUGCGAAAUAUUCGUGCUACGCCCCUCCCCUCGCCGCCUCUCCAGCUUUCUUCCUCCAGCUCCGCGACAUAUACACCCGCACCCCUUAGUGCUCUGACCCUCCCCUCUCUACAGCAGUCCAGCUCUGCCUCGCCCCUUUCUUCAUCUGGCGGCUCGCAGCACAUGUUCGUCAACCCCUCGAGCCUUGGCCCGCCCUCUCCCACCUCUUCGACAUCCUCGUCGCCGCGCGCCUCCCAUCUCAAUCUUGCCGAGUUCGCACAAGCCUUUCCCUCCAUUGACGAGUUAGACGAGAGCAUGAACGGGCUGGCCAUCUCUUCCGAGCCGACCGGAGGUGCAGGCAGCAGCUCUAGCUCCAGUAAGCUCUCCGCCCUCGAUAUUAAGGCAGAUGCACCUCUAGUCUCCCCUACUGCGAUCAGCGCCUCUUCUCGCUUCCCCCCUAUGCUCCCGAUCGACCCAGGACCGCGCCCAUCGAGUACUCCUAUCAAGCCGUCAAUUGACACGUUCGCGAGCAGGCCCGCGAGCCCCGCACUUGGGACCGGCAGGUCGCCCAUGUCCCCCACCGUUCCCCGCAAGCCGUCGAACCUGUCUCUCAGCGGUUCUCCGCUGUCCGGAAGGUCUCCAAUAUUGCCGACUUCGUCGGGCUCCUCUGGACACGCUAAUGCGAGCGGGCAGGACAAGCCGGAUAUUCCGCACACGAACUCGAUUGAGCCGAGGACGCUGCAUGAGUAUCUGUCUCAGUCUGGCAUCAAAGUCUUGCUGCUGGACUUACGCACUCGGGAAGCGUUUGAAAAGGAACGGAUCAAGGCAGCGGCUGUCGUUUGCCUGGAGCCGUCGGUCCUUCAGCGAGAGAAUGUCUCGGCGGAGACCAUCGAGGACUCUCUUUCGAUUGCCCCUCGGUCUGAAAGUAUGCUCUUCGCUAAUCGCGACAAGUUCGAACUGGUCGUGCUCUACGAUGAUGCGUCGGAAUCUUAUGGCCUUCAAAACUCACCUUUCAAUAAGCUUGUGGGCGCGAUAUACGAGCGGGCGUUCAAGAAAAUGCUGAGGAAGAUGCCAGUACUCCUAGUGGGUGGGCUGCAAGCCUGGAAGGCAGCUUAUCCAGAGGACGUCGUCUCCGGGGGCGGAAGUGGCAGUGGCAUGAAACUCUCGUCCUCAUCGUCCGAGGCAAGGAGUCUUUCCACGACGAAUGGCGUUAGUCCCAAUGGUGUGACAAUGAACGGCGCCGGCGGCGGUCUCAUUUCUCUCCCUACUACUCCUCGACCUCUACCAGAGACGCCCAAUUACUUAGUGAGCAGGCCCAGGGCUGGUACGGAUCACGCGAAGGCCAUGCCGUCGGAUUCGAGGUCUUCGCCGUCUGUGCCUGCUUCUCAGAUGCCUGUGUCUAUAGGCAGAAAGAGAUCCGGGACUGACUAUCAGGCAAUGGCAUCAGGGAGUAAGCCGCCUAUGAAUGGCACCGAGGAUCAGAUUCUGUCUUCGACUGCGACUUCUCCUACGAGGGGCUUGGCGAGAAAGCCCGCGAUGGUGAGACCGCCUUCCAGCCCGCACAUACCGAGUUCCAUCGGUCGGCCGUUAUACGAGAAUGCUGCGGGCCAGCAUGUACCCCCGUCAUCUCCUCCCCUUGUGAACGGCACCACACCUAUACAGUAUCCCUCGUUCUCCCGACCAAUGCCCUCUGCUCCAGUGGCGGGUUCUUCCUAUAAUGCCGGCGGUAACUACGGUAUGGUGUCGAUGCCUCCUCAAGCCUCCAUCAAUCCCUCGCCUCUCUCACGGCGUCGCAGCGAUUACAUUGAUCAGUCGCAAGAAGCGUUGUCCGGCCUCAACGGCCGAGCAUCCAUAGACUACCCUAACUUAUCUUCCCAGCACAUCAUCCGUCCUCCGCCGGCCGCUGCGUCUCCUGGGCUGGAGAGGCAGGACAAUCGCCCACGUGUUAUGCAGCAUACUCAUUCGUUCUCCGUUCCUGCCGCUGGCCCUGCACCGCCCACGAUCAAAUCGGAAUAUCCAGUGACCUACUGGUCGGACGUCCAGAUCGGCACUUCAGGACUAAAGAACCUCGGUAACACUUGUUAUAUGAAUUCCACGAUUCAGUGCUUGAGCGCCACCGUGCCGUUUGCGCGCUUCUUUACUGAUGGAAGAUGGAAGAGCGCUAUCAAUAUGGUUAACCCGAUGGGAUCUAAAGGCAACCUAACAGCAGCAUUUGCCAGCAUUCUUCACGAAAUGUGGCAUGGUGAAAUGCCUUAUAUCUCUCCGCUUCAGUUCCGACGUUCAAUCUGUUCACAUGCAAGCCAAUUUGAGGGGAACGAUCAACACGAUUCUCAAGAGUUCCUGACCUUCCUGCUCGAUGGUCUUCAUGAAGAUCUCAAUAGGAUCCUCCAGAAGCCUAGCAUUGAACCAUCGCCAGAGCGAGAAGCGGAGCUGGAGCGCUUACCGCAGCAGAUUGCCGGCGCUCAGGAGUGGAAAAUAUACCGUAUGCGAGACGACAGCUUGGUAGUUGACUUCUUCCAAGGCCAAUUCCGAAACCGUAUGGAAUGUCUGACGUGCCAUAAGACGUCUACGACAUAUAACACUUUCAUGUCUCUCUCUCUGCCAAUACCCACAGGCCGCUCAGCUUCGAAAGUUACCCUAAUGCAAUGCUUAGAUGCCUUCGUCAAGGAGGAAGUCAUGGAGAACUCGGAUGCCUGGAACUGUCCUAACUGUAAAACCCUGCGCCGGGCAACCAAGCGAUUAUCUCUGUCGCGACUCCCGCCUGUGCUCAUCAUCCACCUCAAGCGUUUCUCCUUCAAAGGGCCGUUCACCGACAAAAUCGAGUCAUUCGUCGAUUUCCCUUUGAGAAAUCUGGACCUGACCAACUACAUGCCCCCUCCCUUGCCGCCCGGGGUAGACAAGUCCCAGAUGGACGGUGGCCAGCAUCUGUCCCGCGACGAUCCUCGUGUUCAGCUUCCCCCCUAUAAGUACGAUCUGUACGGUGUUACAAACCAUUUCGGAAGUCUCAGUAGUGGCCAUUAUACCGCGUUUAUCGCUUCACGGGGUGGCUGGUUGUACUGCGAUGACAGCCGAGUCACGACGGCCGAUCCAAAAGAGGUUGUGGGUAAACCAGCAUAUGUAUUAUAUUACAAGAGAGUCAAGGCAUAGAUUACGAUCUUCUUAUUUCCGUUCAUGUUUUGUUGUCGUUGCAUAUUGUAUUUCUCCCCAAUCUCCUUCUAUCUCUUACAAUUAUCAUUACAACAGGACCUGUAAUCUUAUAUCCGCAUCUAUGCUAUGACACCGUACAAGGCUUAUCAUCGGCUCCCCUUUCUUGGAAAUAACACCUAUGACACACAAAGUCGCUCCUGAACGGAUAGAAGAGCGGCGCAAAUUCAGUACCGCAUUUGAAGCAAUGCGGCUCUGGUCCGGACUUGGCGGCGACGUGGCCUUCUGUGGGACGAAUGUUCAGGAUGCUGUCCAGUCGCUUGGCCUUACGAAGAAGGCCAUGAGACUGUGCAACCUGAACUUGUUUGUAAUUGCUACAGUAGACUUGGAGGGCAGUCUCCCCCGAAUCGUUCAUAUCGCAGAUCUCGUAGAUAAUGCGCUUGCUAGUAUUCGCAUGCUCUUUGCAGGAUAUGAUGGGGUUCAUGCUUCCGGUCUCUUCUCGAAAGUUAACGACAGUCAUGAGCUCUCUCCGGGUGCUCUUGACCGGCUGGAUUUCGAAGCCGAAUUUGUAACCAUUUUGCCAGGCACAGGAGAUAUGGAACUCCUUGGGACAAUCAGCACAGCGCACAACAGCGCCCCCGCUUUGCUCGCAU